ACUUAAUUUAUUUCGUUUAAUCACCUCACUGUUUCUCUUCCUAGCUGAUCUAAACACUAUCAAAUGUUCCUUUCUCAAUUAUCUCAUCGUGUUUGUUAUUUAGCAUCGCCAUUACGAUGUAUAGCAACUCGAGGUUCUUGUUCUUCAAAAUUAUUCGUUGGAGUACAGUGAGAGUAAUAUGCGAUCACAUGAGCGGCAAGUCAAAAGGCUAUGGAUUUGUGCUAUUUGAUUCAGAAGAAGCAGCUGCAAGUGCCUUAGCUUCCAUGAACAAUCAGUUACUCGAAGGCAGACAGAUUAGAGUUGAAUAUGCUCGUCCUAAAGGAGGUUUAGAUCAGAAUAAGAAUUGAUUCUCGAUUUCUCAACUCAACUGAACCUUUAGAUAUGUUGGUGUAGCACAUAACUCAGUGAAACUGCAUUCGCUCUUUCGAAUUGUAACAGUGUAGAACUCAAUAAUCUUUUUGGUGGAGAGUAUUAAGUCGUCUAUGUAACGACUGUGUGUGUCCUCUUCUAAGAUUUGUUACUGUGCUCAUAUUCG